GAGAGAGAGAGAGAGAGAGAGAGAGAGAGAGGCCAAAUACGUACAAUAGUAAAACUACUAGCUAGGACAUUCCAUAGUCAUACAUUAGACUUCCCUUCACGAGACUUUCAACACUCACAGAAAAAGAAAAAAAUGGCCACACCCACACGUCAGUUUUGGCGUCUUUCAAUUCUCUCCUCAACACUUCUCUUCUUCACCGUCACCAUCGCCGUCCAUGCCAAUAUUCCCUCCGUCGCCAUCGCCGCCGCCGCCUCAACGACAACGAAGCCGACCGAGCUCGUGAGCGACGUCUGCAACAGAACCUCCAACUACACCUUCUGCGUCUCGGCUCUCUACGCCGACCCUCGCACGCCGACCACCGACGCCUACGGCCUCGCCUUUGUCGCCUUCGGCAUGGCCUACCUCAACGCCUCCGCCACGCAGGACCUGAUCACCAAACUCCUGAAGAAGUCCGCCAACGAAACGCGCCAGUUU